CUUUUGAGAAGACUCAUGUUUGAAGGAGCACAACGGUCUACUACUUGUUAAGACAAUAGCUGCACUAGUAGAAGAUGGCGCACAAAGGACGACGACCGACGCAGAAGCAACAGCGAGAGCUGGACGCGAAAAUGCAUGAAACAUUGCGCUCUUUGAUGUUUCGUCAGUAUGAGCGUGAAACUUCGGUUCGUAGGUCUGCACUCUUGGAAGCGCAACGCAUUCUUGCAGGUAAAGGCGACCAGCUGGCGGUAGAACCUAAAAAGGAACCAACUUCUGAUGAUGAUUUGGAUCUCGAAUGUGAUCUCGAGCUUGAACAACCCGUGCAGAUAGUGGAAGAACAACCAGCGCCAUCGUCUUCGCGAGCGCCAGCGCCGCGUCCUAGAAAGCCUGAGAGUCGACCCAGAGCUAGGCGGACGGGCGAAUUAGCUGAACCUGGACCAGCACCUGCUCGUGUGACCCGAUCUAGUGCUGUACAUAAUGAAGUUCCGAGACUGGAAGUCACAGCACAGGAUGAUGUUGAGCUGGAAGAGGUCAGCAUGGUUGAGCCACAGGACGUCUCUGAUGAGCCAUUGUUUGACAACCAACUGACUGCAGAGGAGAAAUUAAGGCUUUCCGAAGGUGGAGUGGUGGCGGGUGCCUUGGAUAUUGAUAUCGAUGUCGAUACUGAAGUGACUCUCGACCAACUAAAGACGUUGUCACUAGAGGAAGUGUGCAUCCGGAUGGCUUAUUGUGCGCACAACGCUCUCCAAGGCGGUGAUACGAGGCACAGCGCUUCUUGGUAUAAAGGUUUGAUGAAAACAUGCUUGGAAGCGGUAAACACGCACGAAUAUCCUCGUCCACAUCUGCCGUUCGAAGUAGAGCGCAUAUUUGACGAUUACUGUCACAAAAUUGCCGAACAGAAACGGGCGGAGGACGCUCGCAACGCAGUAAAGCUGGAAAGGCGCAGCAUAGGCUGUACCACAACGCUGUUCGAGUGCGUCUACCCCGUUUCAACUGAGUCUAUGACAAGCAACAAAGUGCUGCUGACCGGCGUCACCGGAGAUGCAGCGGCCUUUUUCAAACUGUAUCUACAGAAUGUACAUAUUAGGCAAGGGAAACAAUGUUAUCAUGACUGCAUUUGCUAUUCGGUUUCUUACCGACAACCAAAUGUUCUGCACUUCGCUGCCGCCUAUGGAAAUGCGGAGUUCAUCAAAAAGGUUAUGUUUCCCGAGGAUGCGCUGCCACAUGACCAAGCCAUUCGCGAGCAUUACAAGACAAUGAUCGAAGGGUGGCUGCUUGGAGCGAUCGAGCAAGGUGGCACGAAGAUGUACCCAUUCGAUGUGGCAGUAUUUUAUAAUUAUAAGGACUGCGCUCGCGAAUUUCUUGGCUCCAAGGACUUUGCGAAGGCGUUGCAAGAUCGAAAGACUGAGAUGACCAUGCCGAGGUCAUCACUAAAUUACAAUGAAUAUAUAGAGUCACCGCUCUCGAUGGCGGUUUACCACGGAAACUCGGAGAUGAUAAAAAUGCUCCACAACUGGCAGCUCAUCCAACCGCAACACUUCCCGCAGGCAUUUCGCGAAGCCGCAAAUGCAGGAGAUGUUCAAAUGCUUACCGAACUGUAUGAAAUGUGUCGAAGGAAUGUUACUUACAUAGUCGAACAGGAUAAAGAACGUCCCAUGCAGACCCCGUUACAUGUAGCUGCGGCAGCUGGACAUCUUCGGGCUGUGCAAUACAUAUGCACUUGGGGAGAAUUUGUGCGAACGAAGCCAGAUGCAGUGGGAGACCUGCCGUUGACGUAUGCUAUCGAAAACGGCCAUAUGGCGAUUGCGGAUUGGCUAAUGCAUACGUAUCCUAACGAAAUCAAUCCGACGGUAAUCAGAUCAGCGGUUGCUUGUAAAAGAAACAGACUGGCGAAGCAGAUCUUCGAUAAAUUGCUGCACUUUGACGAGAUCAUUGACAAAAUCAAACCUCUCAACUUUGCUGUGGAAGUGGAAAAUUUCCAUUGUGCUGAAUACUUCUUGAAGCAGUACAUGAUUGCAAAGAAGGUGAACACUGCGCCAUGGUCCGAAGACGUCGCACAAGCGUUGCAUAAUGUUUUGCAAUGUCGUAGUCUCCCAGCAGAUAAGAAAACCAAAUUUGUUAUUGCAUUUCAAUUAGCUGGAGUGAAGAUUUCAAUGGUGAAUAUCAUCAAAAUUGUCAAGGACAAAUCGGUGGCAGCUCUUAUCUGUAACAGCCUCAGGAACAGUUUCAAUCAACCAAAAGUCUUAUAACGUCGAAAUGAUUCAUUCUCUGAUUACGUUUGUGCAUAAUCUUUAUAUGUAUGGGUAAUAAUCUGCCUAAAUUUCCCCUAUCACUGCCUCUACGUUGAAGAUUGUGAAUGAAUCUGUUGCCUUUGCUUUCCCCUACUGAUGACAUCUCUUGAUAUCCCUUGCUUGGCAAUAUGCUCGUUUAUUUGACUACGGUAGUUGUGAGGAAGGAAACGGGGGAAACACGGCAAUCAGCCGUCGAUUCAACCGCGAUGCCUGCGCAGGGUGUUGAUUGUCGCUCUUCAAGACGGACGAACCUAGCAUCCAUCUUCUUUAGCUAGGUAUACGGUAGCUGAGGGAGAAAGUUGUUAUCGAGAAGUUAGAUGUGCACUCCGAGUUUUUGAUCUUGGAAAGUGGAUUCCGUGCAU